AUGCUUAGGGGGAUCGCAAGACGAACAAUGACGGACAUUAGACAAAAACAGUUAAUUAACAGCUAUGAGGCUGUCAAGAGCGAGGUGAUGGCAUACGCAGAAUCAAAAGGAAAAAGCGACGUUUUUUUGCUACCAGUCUCAAAGUUGAAGCCAGCUAGCGAUGUGCAGCUCCUCUACGACCAUGGCGUGCGUAGCUUUGGCGAAAACUACGUUCAGGAACUCAUCCAUAAGGCAUCUGUUUUGCCCCAAGACAUCAGGUGGCACUUUAUCGGUGGUCUGCAAACCAACAAGUGUAAAGACCUUGCCAAGAUACCUAACCUGUAUGCUGUUGAGACCAUUGACUCCCUUAAAAAAGCUGUUAAGCUUAACGAGGCUCGGGCCAAAUUUCAGCCCACCGCUGGAAAAAUCUUGUGCAAUGUUCAAAUAAACACAUCUGACGAAGCUCAAAAAGCAGGGCUCUUUUCUGACAAUGACAUAUUAGAGGUAGUGCAGUUUUUCUUAUCUCCUGAAGCCACGCACGUCGAGCUCGGCGGCCUAAUGACCAUAGGUUCUUGGGACGUCUCACACGCAGAAAGUGAGGAGAAUCGCGAUUUUGCUGUCCUUGCUCACUGGAAACAGGUUUUGGACGCUAAAUUCAGCUUGAAUUUGAAGUUGUCAAUGGGCAUGAGCUCCGACUUCAAACAGGCCAUCAAUCAAGGCACCUCCCAAGUCAGAAUUGGAACUGAUAUUUUUGGAGCUCGGCCUUCAAAGGCAGAGAUGCGCGCUUAA